GUUUCAAUAAGUAUAUAAACACUUUAAUUAAUAAUGCCUUUUGCAUUAUAAUAUAAAAUAAUAAUUUUUUUUUCUCAUCACCACUUGAAGAAUGAUUCAAUUUAUCUUGAUUUAUACGAUAACAUUUGCAAUUGUUUGUUCAGCAGGAUUGUUUCCUGAUUUUUAUCAAAAUAAUUUACUGCGAUCAGAAAAUGAGAAUUCUGUUUAUUUUGACAAUAAGCAUACAGUAUGUCGUACUAAGGAAUGUUUUAGAGUAGCUGCGGAAUUGUGGGAAAGUGUGAAUAAAUCAGUUGAUCCGUGUGAAGAUUUUUAUGAAUAUGCUUGUGGUACAUGGACAAUUAAUAAUCCAAUUCCUUCCGAUAAAGCCUAUUGGGAUUCACGAACUAAGACAGAAAUGAAGAUAGAAAAUAGAAUAAAAGUUUUAUUAGAGGAGAGAAUAAAACACGAUGACAUUUUACCCGUUAAACAAUUAAAAAAGUUUUAUCGAUCAUGUAUGAAUAUUGAUGCACUAGAAAUUAUGGGUAUAAAACGCCUGCAAGCAAUUUUAACAAAUAAUGGAGGAUGGCCAAUGGCAAUGGAAUUAUCGGAAUGGGAUCCACAAGAAUUUCCCUGGCAACAAAUUGAUAGAAAUUAUUUAAAACUAAGUAGCUCGUCUCCUUUUUAUGAAUUACGAGUUACUCAAGAUACUAGAAAUUUUGAUUUUCUUGAUUAUGUGCUCGAAGGUCGAAUUACUAAUAAUGUAACAAUGAUUUUGGAGCUAUCAUCUCCAAGUUUACCAAAAAUUCUUCCUACAAAAUCGCAGAAGAAAAUUAAUCGAACUAUGUUAUACGAAAGUGGACAAUAUGCAAAAUUAAUGUCCGAAGUUGCUCUUAUGUUUGCAAAAGAGAGAGAUACAAUUGUUGAGAAAAAUCAAUUGGCAACUGAUGUUGAAAAUAUAAUUAAAUUGGAAAAAAUGAUAGACAAAGAAUUAGACAAAUUGGAUUAUGACUCCAAUGUAGUCACUAUCAAAGAAUUGCAAAAAAUGUAUGAUGAUGUUUCAACUUCCAAAUCAUCCAAGAUAAACUGGAUAUCAAUGAUAACUGAUUAUUUUGCUGAUGCAAAUGUGGAAAUGAAUGAAAAUGAAGAAAUUGAAAUAAAUUAUUCUAAUCUUUUGUCGGCAAUAGCGAAAAUUUUAGAGAAAACAGAGCCACGAAUUAUUGUUAAUUAUAUUCACUGGUAUUUUUUGAAACAAUUUUUGCCUUUUACUACACAACAUAUGCGUAUGUUAGAAUUUAAUCUCUAUAAAGAAAUGACUGGUGUAAAAGAAGAAACUCCAAGAAAUGAAGAAUGUGUUAAGGAAAUAGGAAUGGAACACGCGAAAUCUUAUCAAUUUGUAAAAAAAUAUUUUACCGAUGAUAUGAACGAACACGCACAAGAAAUGUUUCAAGGAAUUCAAAAAGCAAUGGCGAAACAUAUUUUAAAAGCCGAUUGGUUGGAUGAUGAGAUGCGAAAAUCGGUUUUAGAAAAAAUUAAUACAAUGAAAACACGUAUUGGUUAUCCAAAUUUUUAUAAUAAUGCUACAGCUAUGGAAAAUUAUUAUCGUGGCAUGUCAAUUGGAAAUCAAUUUUUAGAAAAUAUAUUCAGUUCUUUAAAAUUUGAUCAGAAAAAAAAAUUACGAUCAAUUAGAAAUCCAGUUAAGAACGAUGAAGAAUGGGGUGCAGAUGAUACAUUACAAGUAAAUGCUUUCUACAAUUAUUUAUCUAAUUCAUUAUCCAUUCCUGCAGGCGAGUUUCAAACUUCGUUUUAUUCACCCUCACUACCCGAAAUAAUGUCGUAUGGAAGUAUUGGAUUUACUUUUGGUCAUGAAAUUUCUCACGGUUUUGAUGUUGAUGGAAUCAAAUUCGAUGCUAAUGGAAAAAGAAUUCGAUAUUCAUUUGAUGCAAGAUAUGACUAUAAAGAAAGAGCUAAUUGUUUCAUCGAUCAAUAUGAAUCUUAUUAUAAAAAUAAACCAAAUGAUAAAAAAUCAGAUAAUUCAUUUUUGAGGAAUGUUUGGAAUUUUUUUACAUUACAAUCAGAGUGGACGGAGGAUGCAAAAAGGACGCAAGCGGAAAAUAUUGCAGAUUCUUUGGGUUUGGAAAUAGUGAAUGAUGCUCUUCAAGAUAUUGAAAAUGAAAAAAAUAGCCAUCAAUUUCCUGGAUUUGAAGAUUUAUCUAAUGAACAAUUCUUUUUUUUAACUUACGCGAAUGUCUGGUGUUCCAGUAGCAGAUCAAAAUACGAUGAAUUCAUUGGUGACUCUCAUAGUGAAGAUAAAUACAGAGUCGUUGCUGUAGUUCAAAAUUCCGAAGAAUUCUCAAAAGCUUUUAAAUGUCCUCAGGGCAGUGCAAUGAAUCCAGCGAUAAAAUGUAAAAUUUGGUAAAAGUUUGUUUUGUGUAAAUCACAAUUAUAAAAAAAGAAUUCCAUUAAUCCAAGAAAUAAGUACUACAAAAAUUAUGUUUAAAUAUAACAUUUGUUAUAAUUUAUUAUCAUUUUAUAUUGAAUAUAUAAAAUACGGUAUAAAAAAUCGUGUUUCUUUGAGUUACACUCAAAAUAAUAAUAUUCUAUUUUUAAAUUUUGUUUUAUACAAAAGAUCAUUUCUGUUUUUCUAAAUAUUAUAUCACCAAAUUCUGUAACUUAUUGCUAAAUUAUCAACUAAUUUAAAUGCAAUAUGAAGAAUAUUUUCUUAACAUUUUUAAAAUGUGUUUUUUUAAAUAGUUAAAAUUCUCAAAAUUUCUAAAGGCACAAUUGAUGAUAAUUUCAAAAAAAUUAUUCUUCACAGUCUUAUUAAUAUGUGAUAUUUUUCUUAGUUUACAAAUACUUAAAUGCAGUAU